AUGGCAGAGCUGACGAAGGUGAAGACCCCCCCCCUGGACCACUUUCGGGCCUGCCUCGCUGCCGCCCUGCCCUGGAAGAAAGCCUCUUUGAAGAUGAUGCGGGAGUGGCGCGCGGCACUGCAUCGUCUACGAAACACCCGAAUCGAGGGCGUCAACGCAGCUCACGACGAUCCAAAAGAUUCGGAGGACGGGGAGUGGUUAAGGUGGCUCCGUCAGCGUGCGGCAGUGGAUGUCUGCCACGACGACACCUGCUGUCCCGAAGCCAAGCUCCUCAAGGAUGCCGUCAAGACACACCCCAUCGAGGCGGACGACACGGAGGAACCUGUGGCUAGCGCCGAGCCCAAGAGCGAAGCGGGAGGGUAG